CGUGGGAAAAGCCAAAGCGUGUGGCGUUCGACCAGAGGAGGCAGGAUAAAAUGGAUAUGUGGUGUCGCGAGAUGUGAUGUGACAGAGGACGAGAGCAGGAAAACACUCCGAAUGAGAGUGAAUGUGCGAACCUACGUGUGUUUAAUAAUUGUGAUGGAUUUUCGGGCGAAUUCAGGCAUUAAGUUGAAGCAGAGUUUAAUAGUUUAGUGCACGUUGGGGAACUUUCCCUUAUCCGAGAGGGUCACUGUUUUGACGGAUGAUUUUCAGGUUGAAUGGCUUGGGAAGUGUAAAUAUGCGGAUGACUGGAUGUGGUCAAGUAAAUUCAAGUGAGAUGUACAACAUGAAUAAUUUGAAGUGAGGUUUGUGUGUUUCGGAUGUUCUGCGCUCAAAAGUGUAAAGGAACAAGUGUAUGAAAGUGUUUAGGAAAAUAUAGUGCCAAAAUCUAAGGAUAUAGUAACAAUCUCCAAUUUUUAAUAAUAUUCAACUUCGGCAAAAAUGGAACGAGUGUGGCGUAAAGUGAAUCAGGGCCUUACAAUGAGAUCAUCGUCAGCGAAACAUGCUCAGACGGUGGCCUCAAGUGCUACCACAAUGACGACAGGUUGUCUUCCGGUGCCGGGAUUUCAGCACUCAACUGAUACAACGAGCUCGGCCGGGUUUGGGGGCGAAUCACAAGUGGUAGCCGUUCAGCAGAGACGCCGUUCCAAUCCACCGCAGGGCAGUACGACUGCUUCGUCUGAGAAAAGACGACGACGCCGGAGACGGAGCCGGCCGAAUAGAGAGGGAAACUCACAGGGCGGAGGCACUGGCGGUGGUCACUCGUCAGCUGGCCACCACAAAAACCACUCGUCAUCCUCCCGGCGCAGCAACAACAACCCCCAGCUAGGCUUAAUGACCCAAGCAGGCAACGAACAAUCCCUUAGACAACGAGCCGUUGCCCGGCUAAAAAUGUUCAACUUCAAUCUCAACUGGGACCUGCACAUGAACCAGUGCAAACCGUGCGGUCCGAAGAGCGGCAAUAUCAUCACUCGACGGCUCUGCCGCAAUCGCCGUGGCGAGGACAACGAACUGUAUCGCUCCAACAGUUUCAAAUUUGAGCGCUUCGAGCGCAAGGAGCAGGGCGAAACUGGAUCGAGGACACUGCGAAAACAGAUUUCCGUCUGUGAUGACUACAGCUUACCGAUAGACUUUGUCAAAAAGAGACCGUCCAGUUUCGACCCCUGCCUAGCCGAGCGUUUGCCCGACAAUUGGGCAUCACCUAGUCCUCAAUCAGAGCACGUUUCCUUUUUAGAACCAUUGAACCUACAACAACCCUUGUCAGCAGUUCCGACCAACAGUUUGGGAACGGUAACAGUCGGUAUCGGCACUGGCGUGGGCAUUUUGGGCACCGGUACACUCCAGCAUCAACCGCAAUUACCACCCUCGUCCAAUCUUCCACCAUCAUCAAUUGGGACGGGUGCUGCUGAAAUCGCCGCAAAUGCAGUAGCAAUUAAAACGGUCGAAGAGAUAUUCGAUACCAAACGUAGUUACAAACGUAGCACAGGGCGAUCCAAGCAGCGGCAACCAAGGAGACCGAACAGCACAUGUGAGGUGAAGUACAUCAACGAGAAUUUCAGUUCUGUUUCAGGAUCAUCUGCCCCUAUAACAUCCGAAGAGGAGGAUAACGACGAAGAAGAAGACGAAUUGAACAAAGUUCCUGAACUCAACUCACCAGAUAGUAUUUCCGAAGACUUGGUAAACCCACUUCCGCCACGCCAAAGUCCCAUCAAGACAACCGGUCCAGACACAGCGAAACGAAAUCCGUCUCCCUAUUAUUAUUCGGACUUGCUAAAGAAUAAAUCCCAACAAGAGCAACAACAAACUGGACAACCAGAGUCAAUUGAAACCAAAAGAGCCAACAGUAGAGCUUCAUCAACGGGAGCGCGCCAACGGGAAGCAGGUCCAAGAUACAGGAAAAGUAGUAGUUUAGAUACCCCUGGAGCAGAGAAAGAGGUCUGUCUCCCGAAACGCUAUUCAAUAACCGAGGAAGGAGUGCGGAUCAUCCGCUGUGACUCACCUUCCACCACCACCUCGGACGAUUCGGAUUGUUCUGAAUGUCGAAAAAGAAGAGAUUGGCAUGCGCAAGCAUUGGCCAUAGUGCGUACAAACUGUAACCUCCCACCGUCGGUAGAUCCUUCAAUGCCACCACAUCGAAUGCUAGGUCCAGCAUCAGUCUGUGCCUGUGCCACACCCGCGUUCGGCGAGGACAACGAUGAGCUCUUCCGACCCCGUAGCAUAUUCUACGUCCACCAGCCGGGUGCCCAGGACUGCGCCGAUUGUACUCUGAGCGACAACUCCGCGAUCGUUAAUGAAGAUAUGACGAGCGUACGGACAAGGCAAAUCUACGAGACGGCAUUUGAUUCAAAGAUCACUCGAUCGGACGACGAUUUGGACGAGGUAGAUCGAGUAACCAACCAAUCGGUACUCCUGCAGUUGAACAAGAGUAACAACAGCAGCACCAGCAAUAUGGUAUCCAGCCAGAACAAGGAGAACCGCGACCGGAGCAAACGCAGCGAUACCAAACGGUCAAAGAGUUCUCUAAAAGCGCCUUCUUCGACACAAAUACAAAUAACUGCAGACGUAGAAAAUUCUGCAGAUGCAAACCUUUCCCAAGAUCUGGAAAAACUGCAGCUCGACAAACAACUAGACAAUAUUACCAACGCAAACUCGACGUCUUCCUCUCAACUUCCACUGCGUGGAUACACGCCUUCGCCCCCUUCUACCGCUCCGCUUCCUAUGAAGUUCCCUGGCAAACAUGAACGCUUCUUUAUCAACAGCAUAAAAAGUGCACCGAAUCUUCCUUCUUCCAAUGCAGCGCAACACCCGCGAUUGAAAGACCUUCGCCUGGACAUUCAGGCGAUACGAAACAGUGAAGUUCCUCCUUCCGGCAGUUGUGAUGGUAGUAUUAAUGAUUCCUCCUACAAUAGUCCUAAGAAUGGCGAAAGGCCUCGAUCUACGAUGUGUCUCGAACCGGAACGGGUUCUUGAGCUGAAGCGCAGUCAUCGAAGUCACAAGCAACGGGGAAGGAACUUUUCUUCGACCGAGAGUAUGGCCACCUCUAGCAGCGGUGGCAGCAUGGAAUCUCUCAAGUCCAGUACGAGCGAGGGAAACCGAAGCACUUCCAGUUCAGACUCGCGUCACUCGUCGUCCCUCAGUUCACACAGCUCCGAUUCGGGGCCAUCAGUUGCCUUCCCGCUACGAGCCCCCGUGGUCGUCCACAACAAGCUCAAUAUUCUUAGUCCCAUUUCGGAUAAAUCUUCGCAGGAACCCGGCUCGGAGACAUCGGACAUCAAUAGGAACAAUUCGCAGAAACAGUCUCCGGACGAAACGACGGUCAUUGCCGGGGCAAUAUCGAAGAAAGACAAUGAAGAAAACGAGGCUGUGAAAUUGGUGGUACCAAAAGUGAGGCGAUCGGCACCCAACAAGGCUUUGCUGUUGAUAACAGGUCCCGAAAUACAAGGAUCGGACAGCGGUAUUUCGCUUCACUCGCGAGAGGACGUCAAAUCUCGAACCAACUUUCUCAACUUGGGUAUCCAGCGAGCCUCCCUGGGGCUGGAAAAGACGGACCACGGAAAGCCGGCUUUGACCCAAGACUUCAGCGAUCUUCCAUUCGAUAUGCCAAAACUGAGGCGACGGCGAGCUCAUAUGCAACAGGAGCCCUGCACAUCCGGAAGCGUAACCUCAAUGGACGUUGGCGACCUUCCCUUCGAUAUGCCAAAGCUUCGGCGGCGGUUGCGGCUGUCCCAGAACCCGAAUCAAAUAGCCAUUCCCUCCACAUCCGGCAUUCUACUGCAAACCAGCACCGAAUCCAGCGGUCUCUCGCAAGCAUCUUCGAGCCUUUCGAUGCGGGAUUCCGAUAACAAAGCGGCAAUCGCUGGAGGUACGUACCAAUAAUGCACCGACACAACCCGG